AUGUCACUAGAAUUGAGACAGAGUCGAAGCACGUUCGAGUCACAAUUAGUGGUGCGAAAAGUCAGCAACAAUACUCGCUCAACGAUAUCCGUGCAGGAGCUUACACUUCCAGAACAAAGUCUGGACUAUGAUGAGCUGUCGCAACGCUAUCGUUAUCUUCGAGGAUUGCCAGUGGAUAGCUAUAACAAAGCGCUUCCUCGUUUAUUGAUAGGCGUCAACAACGCAAGCCUCACCGUCCCACUCCAAAUAAGAGAAGGUCGAAAGAACGAACCCAUUGCAGUGAAGACCAGACUAGGAUGGUGCAUCUUCGGUGGUCGUGGCAACGAGGCAGCUCAUUCUCUGAAUUAUCAUGCCUGCAGCUGUUCAAAUGACGAGGAUCUGCACGAUACAGUGAAAGAGUAUUUCGCAAUGGAAGAUGCAGGAGUGAAACCACCCGUUGUGCUAGAAUCCGAAGACGACAAGCGUGCAAGGAAAAUCAUGGAGCAGACGACUAUCCGUGUAGGUGAGAAGUUCGAAACGGGUUUACUGUGGAAGUACGACGAUGUUGAAUUUCCAAACAGCUACAACAUGGCGGUUAAACGUUUGGAGUGCUUGGAACGCCGGAUGAUGCGGGAUCCCGAACUGGCGACGAACCUGAAGACUCAGAUCAUGGAAUAUCAACGUAAAGGUUAUGCGCAUCGAGCGACGGAAGAAGAACUUGCUCAGGCAAAUCCAAAGCGAGUGUGGUACCUGCCCUUGGGAGCAGUAACGAACCCAAGGAAACCUGGGAAAGUGCGGCUAAUAUGGGACGCGGCGGCUAAGGUGGAUGGAAUAUCCCUGAAUUCCAUGCUACUCAAAGGUCCGGACCAAUUGACAUCGCUUCCGCUAUCACGAUUCCGGCAGUAUACAGUUGCCGUUUCAGCAGACAUAAAAGAAAUGUUCCAUCAACUGUUGAUCCGCCGGCCAGACCGUCACUCUCAGCGUUUCUUGUUCCGGGAAAACCUAGAAGAUCCGAUAGAUAUCUACCUAAUGGACGUGGCGACUUUUGGAUCCACAUGUUCGCCGGCUUCGGCACAAUUUGUUAAAAACAAAAACGCCGAAGAGUUUGUUGAUCAGUUACCAAGGGCAGUCGAGGGUAUUCUAGAAAAUCACUACGUCGACGAUUACCUCGACAGCUUCGAGAACGAAGACGAGGCGGAACAGGUGUCACGAGAGGUGCGGUCCAUACACCAAAGAGGUGGAUUUCUGCUCAGAAACUGGCUGUCCAAUAGUUCCCGAGUUAUACAUGGACUUAAUGAAGAAGAACCAAAAGCGAGCAAAAACCUUUGCUUAAGCGGAGCGGAAAAAAGUGAUCGUGUUUUGGGAAUGUUAUGGCAGACGGCUGAUGACGAGCUGUGGUUUCCUAUUUAA